UCGCGAGAAAAAGCUGCUGUUUCUCUCCCGCCUAAUUCAGGUCUUUGGCCAAACCUAUACUGAGAGACAAGCUCGGGCUGUACCGUUACCUUUUUUCUCGCGGAUCGCCCUCCUUCUUCCCGGGAUUUGGAAUCGAGUGAGUUUUCUGACACAUUUGAGCGCAGGACCCAGGGGUACUUGGAGAGAAAACUGAUCCGGGAGGAGCUGGACUGACCGCAGAAAUGAGUCCUGCAGAUACCCUUGAUGAUGAAAAUACAUUUAAAAUCUUAGUUGCCACGGAUAUUCAUCUCGGAUUUAUGGAAAAAGAUGCAAUCAGAGGAAAUGACACGUUUGCUACACUUGAUGAAAUUUUAGGACUUGCCCAGGAAAAUGAUGUGGAUUUUAUUUUGUUAGGUGGUGACCUUUUUCAUGAAAAUAAACCCUCAAGAAAAACAUUACAUACCUGCCUUGAGUUAUUAAGGAAAUAUUGCAUGGGGGAUCGUCCUGUGCAGUUUGAAAUUAUCAGCGAUCAGUCAGUCAACUUUGGUUUUAGUAAGUUUCCAUGGGUGAACUACCAGGAUGGCAACCUCAACAUUUCAAUUCCAGUGUUUAGCAUUCAUGGCAAUCACGAUGAUCCCACAGGGGCAGACUCGCUUUGUGCCCUGGAUAUUUUAAAUUGUGCUGGAUUUAUAAAUCACUUUGGACGUUCAAUGUCCGUGGAGAAGAUAGACAUUAGCCCAGUUUUGCUUCAAAAAGGAAACACAAAAGUUGCUCUGUAUGGCUUAGGAUCCAUUCCAGAUGAAAGGCUCUAUCGAAUGUUCAUCAAUAAAAAAGUAACAAUGUUGAGACCAAAAGAAGAUGAGAACUCUUGGUUUAACUUAUUUGUGCUUCAUCAGAACAGGAGCAGACACGGAAGGACUAACUUCAUUCCAGAACAGUUUUUAGAUGACUUCCUUGACCUUGUUAUCUGGGGCCAUGAACAUGAGUGUAAAAUAGCUCCAACCAAAAAUGAACAACAACUCUUUUACGUAUCACAACCUGGAAGUUCAGUGGUUACUUCUCUUUCCCCAGGAGAAGCGGUAAAGAAGCAUGUGGGCUUGCUGCGUAUUAAAGGAAGGAAGAUGAAUAUGCAGAAAAUUCCUCUUCACACGGUGCGGCAGUUUUUUAUGGAGGAUGUUGUCCUGGCUGAUCAUCCAGACAUUUUUAACCCAGAUAAUCCUAAAGUGACCCAAGUCAUACAAAGCUUCUGCUUGGAGAAGAUUGAAGAAAUCCUUGAAAAUGCAGAACGGGAACGUCUAGGAAAUUCUCGACAGCCAGAGAAGCCUCUCAUACGACUGCGAGUGGACUAUAGUGGAGGUUUUGAACCUUUCAGUGUUCUUCGCUUUAGCCAAAAAUUUGUGGAUCGAGUAGCUAAUCCAAAAGAUAUUAUCCAUUUCUUCAGGCAUAAAGAGCAAAAGGAAAACAUGGGAGAAGAGAUCAACCUAGGGAAGUUCAUCCCAAAACCUUCAGAAGGAACAACUCUCAGGGUAGAAGACCUUGUCAAGCAAUAUUUUCAAACUGCUGAGAAGAAUGUGCAGCUCUCACUUCUAACAGAAAGGGGAAUGGGUAAAGCAGUACAAGAAUUUGUAGACAAGGAAGAAAAAGAUGCCAUACAGGAAUUAGUGAAAUAUCAGUUGGAAAAAACACAGCGAUUUCUUAAGGAACGUCAUAUUGAUGCCCUAGAAGAUAAAAUCGAUGAAGAGGUACGUCGUUUCAGAGAAAGCAGGCAGAAGAAUACUAAUGAGGAAGAUGAUGAAGUUCAAGAGGCCAUGAACAGAGCCAGAGCCCUCAGGUCCCAGGAAGAGGACGCCGCUUCUGCCUUUAGCGCCGAAGACCUCAUGAGCAUCGAUACGGCAGAACAGACGGCCAAUGACUCUGAUGACAGCAUCACAGCAGCGGCCAGCAGAGGAAGAGGCCGAGGAAGAGGCCGGAGAGGAGGAAGAGGGCAGAGCUUGGUGUCGAGAGGAGGGUCUCAGAGAGGAAGAGGCACUGGUCUGGAGACUUCUACUCCAAGCAGAAGUUCAAAAGCCACUAUGUCAACAUCUAGAAAUAUGACUAUUAUUGAUGCCUUUAAAUCUACAAGAAAGCAGCCGUCUCAAAAUGCUGCUCCUAAGAAUUAUUCGGAGGUGAUUGAGGUGGAUGAGUCAGAUACGGAAGAAGACAUUUUUCCUACCACUUCAAAAACAGAUCAAAGGUGGUUGAGCGCGUCGUCAUCAAGCAAACGCGCGUCCCAGAGCCAGGUGGCUAGAGGGGUCGAUUUUGAAUCAGAUGAGGAUGAUGAUGAUGAUCCUUUUAUGAACCUUAGUUCUUUAAGAAGAAACAGAAGAUAAUAUAUUUAAUGGCAGUUUGAAGUUUUCAAGAGUCGGGAAAGAUCAAAACAUUGCAUUAAAAGUUUACCAGCUGAAGGUUUCUUGAGUAGUCCUGUUCACUGAAGAAUUCAAAUGAUUCUUAACAAAGACACUAAUGUAUAAAGAUUUUUGCUUUUUAAUAUUUCCUGAACAUGACUCCAUAAGGAAACUUCCCAGCUUCAGGGCAUAUAGAAUAGCAUUGAUUCUCCUUAUGUGUCAAUGUGUUACCUGUUCUCUAAAUGCUCUAUGAAACUUGGAAUGGUAUUUUCCUGACAUACAUUCGUAUACGCCUUACUGAGUGAGAACUUCGCUUAAAUAUCAUUCUUAAGGACUAAAAUAAACACACCAUUGUAUGUUUCUGCUUUAUAA